CAAUUUGAAUCUGGCAACCCAGGAGGGACCGGAAUGAGGAGCCGUGUGAGUGAGUGAGUAUCUCCCGUGACUCUCCUCAUAACACACUCACAACCUCCCCGCUGACAUGACCAGGUGACGCCUCACACCUCCACUGGACACAAGUAUGAGUUGUGUGGCGGAAUAUACAAGAAGUUUAGGUCAAUAUCUGGAGGUGUUGUUAUGACAGUGACGCUGCCUUCACCCCUGCACAGAUUGUGAUGCUACAAGAUCUUAAGAAGCUCAAGAUUUACUGAAAAAAUAACUACAAAUAGAGAAACUAUGAGUUAUUCGGCAUUCACUAUUGGUUAUUAGAGGCGGUUUUGUUAUAUUAAGGAAGACUACUUCAGACUUAAUGGAAUCAAUUGGAAGUUUGAAAGAAGAGCCUGAUCAAGAGGAUCAGGAAGUUGGGCAAAUAAGCACAGUGAAUAACCAGUCCCUACAAAAUGGUUUAGUGUCGCAUGAAAAAGGAAAAUUGCAAACAAAAUUAAAGGAAUUGGAAGCCUUAUUUGAGAAUGUAAGACAGGAGCUGGAGGGCACACGAGUGGCGUUGGCCAAAUUGCAGAAAACUGACUGUGCAAGUGCCGCUAGUGAUCUUAAGACAGAGAAGAGCUCUCCUCUUGAGUCUCCUUUUUCAGAUUCAUCUGUCAACUCUCAAGUUAUCAUCAGGGUUGAAUCUGAAACAAAACAAAUUUCAACCCAAACUCCUGAUUGGGAAAAUGCUUACAAAAUAUUUGUUGGAAAUCUCAGUAAUCGUGCUUCAGGCUCGGAUAUCCGCAAACUUUUUGAAACACAUGGUACAGUGCUGGAGGCAGAUGUCAUCAGGAACUAUGGUUUUGUGCACAUGGAAAAUGAGGAUGAGGGUCAGAUGGCUAUUGAAACACUCAAUGGCUAUUCUCUUCAUGGAAAACCAAUGGUUGUUAAGGCCUCUACCGGUGCUAAGAAAGAUGAUGACCAAACUUCAGAUAUCUUAGAUGGCAACCUUCCUACAGAGUCUAGACUUGAGAGGCUGCAAAGUUUAUAUGACCUGGAUAACAGUGCCAUAGAGUCUAAUUCUCUUGCCAACAGCUGUGCCUUUGUUAUAUCGUCUAAGAAAGCCGAACAGAAGAAAACUUACAAGAUAUUUUUAGGUAACCUCAGCCAUCGCACCACAACUACAGAAAUUCGAAAACUCUUUGAAGCUCAUGGCACAGUGGUAGAGGUAGAUGUGCUAAAAAGCUUUGGUUUCGUGCACAUGGACAAAGAGGAGGAGGGCAAAGUGGCUAUUGCAGCACUGAAUGGCUAUAUACUGGAUGAAAGGCCUAUGGUUGUUAAAGCUUCUACUGGCAUCAAGAAGGGUGGUAACCAGAAGACAAAAAUCUAUGUUGGUAAUUUGAACAAGAAUUGUAGAGUAUCGGAGGUGAAAAGACUUUUUGAAAUGUAUGGCAACGUAGUAGAAGCCGAUAUUAUAAACAACUAUGCAUUCGUUCAUAUGGACGAUGAAGCUCAAGCACAGAGAGCAAUCCGUGAGCUUGAUGGGUACGAGUUCCACGGUUUCCGUCUGAAGGUCAGAAAGUCAACUUCACACAGUCGACAACAAACUGGAACCACAAACCCUGACAUCUACUUUUCUGGCGGAUCUGGUGGCAGUUGGUACAGACAGUACACCAGUGAUGGACGCGUCGAAAGUUCUCGUUUUGGCGAUUGUGAACGUAGAGGACAGAGCUUUGGCAGUUCAAAUGACUACUAUCCCCCACUACUUCCACCCACCUUUGUCAGGGAGCAUAUGAUGCACUACACGGAUGAUUUUAGUCACUAUGAUCGUUAUGAUCGCUAUUGUGACACUGGACUAUAUGAACACCAUUAUGGUGAUCAUCCCACACCGCCGCCACCACUACUAGAUGACUUGUAUAAUCGACGUCUUCCUUCCCUGCCAUCUCAUCCUGAUUAUCUAAGAUUUAGUAGAGGCUUACCACCUCCUCGGAACCCUCUAUAUCGUCCACCAGUACGAGGGAGCUCCCUUCCUCGUCCACCAAUGCGUGGUAACGGCCCACCGAAUCAUCGGCCAUUCUGAGUGCAUAACUAGCCACAAGUACUAGCACAGAACUCUUGAUAAUUGGUGCAAGCACAGUAGUUUUGUCAGCAGAUUUUCAUACUUUGUGUAGUAGCCUUGUUGACCUCGCCUGGAUCCAUACUGCCAACAUGUCUUUAUGCACCGUAGACAGUACUGUACUCUAGAAAUGUUGAACAGAUAUGUGAUGCUUGUUAUGAAAACCCAUUAUCCUUUAACAGAAAUGUUACCCAAACUGAACCUGUUCUGCAAAAAAUAGUUAUCACACUAAACAAGUUUUCUUGGUUUAGAUCUUGUGAAUUUUUUUCUAUUUAUUUUGUAUUGAAUUGUUAUGUAGACCAUAUGCUGUGAAUGUUGUAGAUGUAAAUAAAACAAAAACAUAUCCAUUGAUUGCCUUACUAUUGAAUCAUUCAAUACCUGUUUACAGUAAUACCAUUUACUUACAAUAGUUCAGUAGCUAAGAAAUCCUCUUGGUUAUUAACCUGUGUUGAAGAAGCAUAAUGCCAUGCAUUGCUCACUUCAUUUAAACUGUAGCUCUACCUAACUACCAAUGUAAAAUAUUAAUUUAAAUGAUUCCAGUACAGUAUGCUUCUAAUCAUUUAUGAGUAAUGUCAUGCCCUAUCAAGUGUAUUACUGUUCUUGUAGCAAUAAAUUGAAAUUUUAUUGGAAAA